AUGGCAAACACCAAUAGCAAACUGGGGUUGUCGAAAAGUUUCCGCUUGAAAAAGCUACUCCACUUCAUGUUGCCUCCAAGUUUGAUGGAAAAGGAAAAGAAACAGGAAAUACUUUCUUAUUCUUUAUUCUUCCACCCACAAACAGAACGAAUAAUCACAAAAAUACUUUUCUGCAAGGCAAUGGCUUCAAGUUUAACUGCUAUUGAUACCGAAAUAAAAUGUAAACAAAUAGUUUAA